GCUUGAAAGAGCAUAAAUGCCUCUGCUUGAUCCAGACGAAAAAUAAAUUUGGUAAAAAGAAAAAAUCAGAUAAAGUUAAGUUUUGUGAGAGUAAGGCGCCUUGAUAUAAUGGCAGGAAAGCACGGUCUGUUUCUCAUUCCAAAGCGAAAUUUUUCGCUCACGCAAGAACUUUAUAGAAAGGGUAAAACAAAAAAUGGAAGAAUAUCCACAUACAUUCGAUACCCGAAUAUUUACGAAGAACACCCACGAUCUGAAAGGAACGACGUCCAAAGACUUCUUAAUAAAGGCCGAAAGCUGUUCCCAUAUGAUAAACGCUUGCCAGUUACAGGGAAAAAUACAGGUCUCGGAGUUGAAGGUGGUUCAGUUGAAGCUGAACAACUAGCAGCUGUACACCGAGUGCCACCAGUAGGAUUUCUCAAUAAAAGAGGACAGUUUAAACACAUACCAGAAUUGCAGACAGAAUUUGUGGUUCCAGAUCUCUCAAACUUCCAUUUGCAGCCAUAUGUGCCCUAUGAUAGAGUACCUGAAGUCAAAAAAGGUCGUCAUACAGCAAGAGAACUUUUUGAUGCUUUUUAUGCUGAUGAAAUCAAAGAAGACUUUUUUGCUAAACAGGAGGAAAAACAGCCAAAGAAAAAGACAUUAUUGGACAAAUUUAAGAAGACAUAAUAUUGAUAGUUUAAGAGAUAUUAUUGUACAUGUACUUCAUGGAAUUAAUAUUUUUUGAAUCUG